UAUAGGGUAAGGAAAUAGUACAUUUGUACACGCGGAUUCACGCAUCGUUCCCCACAAUGGAAAACCUGGACAGCAACAAUAAAAAUGUGUCGCUUAGUUUAAUAUCGCAGUAUGGUACAUCAGAUUCUGAUUCGGAUGAUACAGAGAGCCAGUCCAAUACCGGGAAUGAAGAUUCUGACACCGCGGAGCUCAGUGAAAUGGUAUUGAAGAACAACAUCAUUAAUGCAUGUGCACAUGGACCUCGGUCGCAGCCGAGCGACCGGGAAGACAUUUCCACAAGGCAUAUGAUAAUAGACAAUUGUGAUAGUGGUGUGUUGGAGUAUGAGGUGACUGAGUAUAGGGACGUGGACAGUGACUCGGACUCUAGUGACUCCAGUGACAGUGAUAUUGACUCUGUCAAGGACAUAGAAGAGAUCUCUAGUGGUGAGGAAGAGAAUGCUCGAGUAGAAAAACAAGAAACUCCAAGAGUUCAUGGUGAACUGGGUCUUGAUGACUUGCCACCUAUUGAAGACCUAGCAAUCAGUCUGCCUGCACAAGAUACUACAAAAAUAGGAACAAUUGCUAGUAUUGUUGAUAGGCUAGUUAUAGUCCGAGCCUUGCCCGAAACACCUGCAGUAGAUUUAGACAGUGUCCUCUUCCUUGAAAAUGGAGCAAAAGCAUUAGGAAAAGUAUUUGAUGUGUUUGGCCAAGUAACAGAACCCCACUAUUGUGUAAGAUUUAACUCACAAGACCAUGUGAAAGAGCGAGGUGUACGACCAGGAAUGGAUGUUUAUAUUGCACCAAGGAAUGAGCAGCACACAAACUACGUGUUUUUAAGUGAACUUAUGAAAGUCAAAGGAUCUGAUGCAUCAUGGCUGAACGAUGUGGAACCUCCACCCUCGCAGGUCGAUUAUUCAGAUGAUGAAGAAGAAAAAAGAGCUAAGAAAGCAAACAGAGAACAACGCCAGAACAGACAUGAGGACGAGGCCAAUGGUGAAACGUCAAAGAGUCGCAAGCCGCCAGAUGUCCGACGAAACCAAAGACCAUCAGAAUCAAGCAGUAGAUUCGGUAGUGGCCCGAGCAGGGGACGCAAUCCUUUCUCGGCUGGUUCUAGAAGGAACAACCCUAAUUCGUUUCCGAGGUGCAUGAGGCCUUGGCUCGGUAACAUGGAUAUGAGAAGUCUGCAUAAUGUCGAUCAAAGAGGGCCUUCAGAUUUUCGCUCAGGUCCCUUCAGUGCCCCGCCUGUGUUUAAUGGCCCGCCGAUGUUCCCACCACCGUUCAAUCCGAACGCAGCGCCAUUUAACUCUACGACGCCUCCACCCUUCAUGCGCGCGCCGCCAUUCCAAUUCGGUGAUAACCCUCGAAUGCACACUCCCGUCGUCCCGCCCUUCAGACACAACGUCCCCGUGUUUGGCACAAAUUUCUGCAACAUGCCUGGACCUCAACCCCAAUGGGUCAACAACGGCCCCCCUCCGCCGCCGGGGACUUAAACGCACAGAAUAUGUCUUUAAAAUUUAUCUUAUAAUGUUUAGUCAAUAAUUAGUGUUUAAUUAUGCUAACAAUACUGAAGUGUUGUCAUCCAAAAAUAAAUUUAUAUUUAUAUGAAAUAAAUAAUUCUUGUGGU